GUCCCACCUCACCCUGAGUCGCGCCCAUCAGCACCCCGACAGUCUCCACAGGACCCCGCGCUCCAGCCUCAGGCCCCGCCCCCCAGCCCCGCGCCGCGCCCCACAUCCCUACCCGAGCCGCAGCACCCCGCCAGGCGGAAGUCCCUCGAGCCGCCGCUCGUUGGACCUGAAGCGCAGCGCGCCUAUUGGCCAGUGCGGCCGAGAGCGGGAAAACUGGCCAACGGCUGCGCCGGCGCUCCGGCUGCUGAGGACAUGGCGUCCCGCUCCAGUGCCUCGGUGCCGGUGGACUCAGUUCGCACCAUCAGCCCUGGAAGGCGAGGCGAGAAGGCUGCUUCCGCCGUCCCCGCGGACACGGCGGCCGAGACCACACUGAAGAGCACCGCCAUCACGGUGCGGUCUGUGGUGGCCUCCCUUCGCCAGGUGAAGGGAAAAGCGGGCCGGGAGGAGGCCAGGUGGCGGCUCCAGCGCCUGCCCGCGGCUCAGGCGGAGGAGGAGGCGGCCGAGGAGGAGAAGGAGGAGAAGGAGGCCCUGCUGUCAGUGCCUGAGGAGGAAGACGAGGCGCAGCCCCUGCCCCCAAUCUGCGUGUCCCGUAUGCGGGGGAUGUGGCGGAAAGAGAAGGUGGCGCUGUAUUGCGACCAAGUGCUGCAGGACUGUGAGGGAGUAUAUGCUGAUGAGGUUAUGGGCAAAUACCUAUCAGAAAAAUUAAAGUUGAAAGACAAAUGGCUUGGAGUGUGGAAGACUAAUCCCGAUGUAUUCUUUGUGAAAUAUGAAGAAUCUUCUAUCCCUUUUGUUGGAAUACUGGUUGAGGUAACUUGUGGACUGUACCAAGACUCAUCAUCUCAUUUCAAAGUUGCUGUUUCUGUCGCUGAGCCCCUUUCUUCUAACAUCACAAAUAUUCCAAGAGAUUUGGUUGAUGAGAUUUUGGAGGAACUGGAACACAGUGUGCCUCUUUUGGAAGUGUAUCCUGUUGAGGGACAAGAUACUGAUAUACGUGAUAUUGCUUUUGCCUUGGAAGUUGUCAGGUUUUUUUAUGACUUUCUUUGGAGAGACUGGGAUGAUGAAGAAAGUUGUGAGAAUUAUACUGCACUUAUUGAAGAAAGAAUUAAUUUGUGGUGUGAUAUGCAGGAUGGAACAAUACCUGGUCCUAUUGCACAACGUUUUAAAAAAACUUUGGAGGAAUAUAAAAACAAACGUGUCGAGCUCAUUGAGUAUCAAAGCCUUGUUAAAGAAGAUCCAUCUGCAGCAGAGGCUGUUCAAUGCUGGAAAAAAUACUAUGAGAUAGUCAUGCUCUGUGGAUUAUUGAAAAUGUGGGAAGAUUUACGCCUCCGAAUUCAUGGACCUUUCUUUCCAAGAAUUCUGAGGCGUAGGAAAGGGAAAAGAGAAUGUGGAAAAACUGUAACACAUAUUGUAGUGAAAGUGAUGACUGCUGAAAUGGUAAAGGAUUUAUCUUCAGACACACUUCUCCAACAGCAUGAUGAUUUGGAUUUGGCUUUGGAUAAUUGUUAUAGUGGAGAUACAGUAAUAAUUUUUCCAGGAGUAUAUCAAGCUGCAAAUCUUGCUUUGUUGACAGAUGACAUUAUUAUAAAAGGAGUUGGAGAGAGAAAGGAAAUUAUAAUUACUUCUGAACCUUCUCAUGACAGUUUUGUGGUAUCCAAAGCUGACAAUGUGAAACUAAUGCAUCUAUCUUUGAUACAACAAGGGACGGUUGAUGGUAUCGUGGUGGUGGAGUCUGGUCACAUGACUCUAGAAAACUGCAUAUUAAAAUGUGAAGGAACAGGAGUGUGUGUUCUUACAGGGGCUGCUUUGACAAUUACAGACAGUGAAAUAACUGGUGCCCAGGGUGCUGGUGUUGAACUGUAUCCUGGAAGCACAGCUAUUUUGGAAAGAAAUGAAAUUCAUCACUGCAAUAACCUCAGAACCAGUGACAGUUCAAAAAGCACCUUAGGUGGAGUUAAUAUGAAGGUUCUUCCAGCACCCAAAUUGAAGAUGACUAGUAAUCAUAUUUAUAGCAACAAAGGCUAUGGAGUAAGCAUUCUUCAGCCAACAGAACAGUUUUUUAUUGUAGCAGAAGAAGCUCUCAACAAAAGGGCUGCUUCAGGAGAUAAAAAAGAUGAUAAAAUGCUCUUCAAAGUAAUGGAAAACCUGAAUCUGGAAAUGAAUAAUAAUAAGAUAGAAGCAAAUGUAAAGGGGGAUAUCAGAAUAGGCACAAGUUAAAGCAUCUGGAUUGACAUUAAAGUUGUAUAUUUCAGAAAUAUGUUUAAUAAAUGAUUCUCAUAUCCCAUUGAAAUGGUAGUUUCAAUUAAAUUCAAAGCUUAAUUAAAAAUAUUUAAAUAU